AUGAUAAUUUCCUUUUGGAAUGUAAGAGGAUUAAAUAAUCCUCUUAAACAAGGCCAAGUCCUUCAAAGGGAAGCCAAGAAUAAUGUGGAUAUCCUAUGCUUGAUGGAAACUCGAGUGAAAUUAGAGAAAUCUUAUGAAUUAUUAACUACUUCUUUUGAGAAUUGGAAUGUUCUCACCAAUUAUGAUUUUGUAGUGAAUGGCAGAAUAUGGUUUUUAUGGAGGAAAGGAUUGGAUUUCUCCUUAUGUAAAGCUACCGAUCAAAGUAUCACUGUCAAAGGUCUUUUUAAUGGCGCUCCCUUCAUUAUUACCGCAAUAUAUGGUAGUAAAAUGGAAUCAUUAGAAGAAAACUUUGGAAAGAACUUCGGCAUCUUGAAUCAAAUUACAGUGACCUUCCUUGGCUCCUGGGAGCAUAUUACUCAAGAUCUACAGUUACAAGAACAUCCUUUCUUUGGUCCAACAUUCUUGUGGAGUAACAAACAAAGUGACAAUUUCCUUGCUCGGAAACUUGACAGAGUUCUCAUCAAUCCUAUAUGGUUCGAUUAUUUUCCUCACUCUUCUAUGGAAUUCUUAGCGCCUGGUCCUUCUGAUCAUUGUAUGGAAGUGAUUGAUCUUCACAAAGAGACUCAUUCAAAUAGACCCAAACCAUUUAAAAUCUUCAACUGUUGGACUCUGCAUCCAGAUUUUCUUAACAUUGUUAGUCAAUCAUGGAAUAUGGCAGUGCAAGGCAACCCAAUGAAGUCUUUAUUCUUAAAGCUUAAACAUCUCAAAGAAAGCCUUAAGCAGUUCAAUAAAGACAAUUUCAAUGACAUCUCGGCUCGAACUAGACUAAAAAGAGAAGAACUUGAUAGGCAACAAAUUCUUACCUUAAGAGGUGAUGAUUCCUUGGAGAAAGAACUCGAGUUACAAAGGGAGCUCAAUUCUUUAGCAGAAGCAGAGACGAUGUUCUUAAAACAGAAAGCUAAAUUACAUUGGCUUAAGGAGGGUUCCAAGGAUCCAGAAGUAAAAGAAUGCUCUCCUACAAUUCUUAAAGGUCUUAUGCAACCUAUUUCAUCACUUAUUGACACUGAAGCUCUUGUCAAGGAAGUUACUAGUGAUGAGAUUAAAGAGGUCAUUUUCAGCCAAGGAAAUGACAAGGCUCCCGGACCGGACGGUUUUACUUCUCUUUUUCAAGAAAGCUUGGCCAGUGGAAACCUUGAGUCUGUUAUGGGAGUGAUUAUUGUCUUGGACAUUUUUUAUGAAUAUUCUGGGUUGAAGCUCAACGCAGGUAAAUGUAAGAUUUUCACUGCAGGUAUUUCGGCUCAUAAUCUUGAAUCUAUCAUCAACUAUACUGGUUUCAAACAAGGAAAGCUACCUGUUAGAUACCUCGGGGUACCUCUUGUCACCAGAAAGCUUACCGAUAAAGAUUGCAAAGCUUUGCUAGACAACAUAAAGAGCAGACUUCACCAAUGGUCUAGAAAGAAUUUGAGCUACGCAGGCAGAGUUGAGCUUAUAAAGACAGUUCUCUACAGCGUUGCAAAUUAUUAG